AUGGCCGCCUACCAAAGAAAACGGCGUUUUGCCAAUCAAACUAGAGAUAAAGAUUUAGACAGACUCAGUGGAUUGCCUGAUAAAGUUAUUUUACAGAUCAUAUCAUUACUUCCGUUAAAAGAAAUAGUUCGAACAUCCAUUCUUGCAAUAAGAUGGAAGGAUCUUUUCUCUUUGGUAUCCGAUAUCAAUAUUGAUGAUAACAAUGUAAUCAGGAAGUCUUUAGGUAAUGGUUACAUGAAUAUUGUGGAAAGGUUUCUGUUCUCGCGUAAGAGGGAUGUUGGUAUCAAUAAAUUUCGUCUCAAAUGUGGGAAAAUUGUGGAUCCUUUCAGGAUCAAUGGAUGGAUUCAGUAUGCACUAGGGUAUCAUGUUAAAGAGCUUGAUUUAACCAUUGGAAUCAAAGGAUUCAAUGAGCUAAACUUUGGGGUUUUCACUUGUAAAACACUGGUGAUAUUGAGAUUGUCCAUGGAUAAAGGCUCCAUCCUUAGUGUUCCCACAUAUUUUCGUCUUCCAAAUCUCAAGGUUCUUCAUCUUGGUUUGAUGAAAUGCUCGGAUGAUGGAUCUGUUGAUAGGCUGUUCUCAGGCUGCAUUUCGCUCGAAGAAUUGCACCUUCGGAACUGUGAAGUGAGCAACAUGAACAAGCUCCGUGUUUGUAAUGCUACACUUAAGAAGUUGUUCUUGUCUGGUUUCAUGGGCACGGAUCAUGAAAUUGAGAUCAUUGCCCCAAAUCUGGUUCACUUCAGCUACUACUACACGGGAACCAAAGGGUUCUCGUUGAUAAACCUAAACUCUCUUUCAGAAGCACGUAUUUAUAUUGGACCAUAUCUCUUUUCCACCAUUGAUUUUGCUCCUACUGCAACUGCUCUGAUGAAUGGAGUCAGUCAAGCUCGGUCACUUUAUUUAACCUUAUAUUCCUCAAAGGUAUGA